AUGUUCAUCGAUGAUAUUCUGAUUUACUCAAGGACAGAGAAAGAGCACGAGGAACACCUGAGAAUGGUAUUACAAAUUCUGAAGGAAAAGAAACCGUAUGCCAAACUCUCUAAGUGUGAGUUUUGGGCGAAAGAAGUUAAGUUUCUAGGACAUGUAGUAUCAAAUGGAGGUAUAGGAGUAGAUCCUGCUAAGAUAGAAGUAGUUUUAGAAUGGGAGCAACCUAAGACAGUCACCGAGAUUCGAAGUUUCCUCGGACUAGCUGGAUAUUGCCAGAGGUUCAUUAAAGGAUUUUCACAAUUGGCUUUACCACUAACUCAACUCACUAGAAAGGAAGUACCUUUUGUUUGGACGAAUGAGUGUGAAGAAAGCUUCAAGACGCUCAAGGAAAGGUUGACGACAGCACCGUUGUUAAUUCUGCCAGAUCCCGAAGGACCAUUUAAGGUUUUCUGCGAUGCUUCACUUAAAGGCUUAGGGUGUGUACUGAUGCAAAAUAGGAACAUGGUAGCCUAUGCAUCAAGGCAGCUCAGACCUCACGAGCAGAACUAUCCAACUCACGACCUAGAGUUGGCAGCUAUAGUAUUUGCUCUCAAAAUCUAG